AUGAACUCAGCGUACACCCGGCUCUCCACAUCGGGGAAAUUAAGCUCCGACCACGGCCACCCGAACCUCCAUGCCACCGUAUUUGCCGCCGCCGAUCUGCACGCCCUCACCGUCCUCUCCGCUGUCAUCGCCCGAUCUCGCCGGCAUGAGUCUCGAAGCGACACCGCCGGCCGCCAGAGCUACUCGCAGGUCCCACCACCCUCUCCCGUGGCCGCUGGAGCUCCCGCCACCCUAACAACCCCCGCCACCUCCGCCGACGCCGUGAACCUGGUCGCGUCCACGAGCUUCCUCAAGCGGCGGCGCGUGGGAACGCAAGUGGUCCCACAAGUAGGUGUUGCGGCUACCGGUGUUGUCCUGACUGUCCUCGGCCGGGCCAAAGGGGUCGCCGCAGCCAAGGCGACCACGGAGCCGAAGACAUACCGCGCCAAAUCGAAGACCUCAGCGCCGAAGAGGAAGAAGUCGAAGACCACGACGAGCCGUGGCGGCCCGGUCCCGCUCCCGACCCCGCUCCCAGACCCGUCGCCGCUGGCGGGUGCCAACGCGGAUGACGCCUGA